AUCAGUACAGUGAUGAGCUAGCUGACUCAACUCCACCACAACCGCAAAACGCAAAUGCAAACGCAAAAACACUCCUCUGUUUUUAGCGUUUAGCUUUCUUAAUUCUCAUUCUGAUUUGUGUGUGAACCAACGGGGAAAGGGAUUGUGAAAGUUUUAUCUUGAUGAAAGCUCAACUGCAUUCCACAUUUGCGUUUUAGCUUACUGGUACUAGUACUACUACUAGCUUUGAAUCUGCGCCUCUGUUCCUUCCAAAAGCUUCAAUUUUUUCAAGUCAAUGGCGGAGGAGAGGAAACAGCUUUUACAAUCUAAAUCCCGGUUUAAAUAACCGACACCGGAAAUUGUGAGUCCCACAAAUAAAAAAAAACCAGUUCUUUAACCGGUUCCCGACAACCGACACCGGAAAUUGUGUGCCCCGACACGUUCCAACAGUUUGCUUCGGUCCUCGUUUACCUUUUCCUUAAAAGCAAAGCACUUUCGUCAUCCUCUUUUUGUCUAUAUCCUCUAAUUUGGUUUUUGUCUCUUAACCCUUAAUUUGAGCUUAUGGAACUUCUUGGUUAGAUUUCACAAAAUCGUAUUUUUUUUUUAUGAGCGUUGAGAAAGUUUUAGUGGAUUAGAUUAUAAUAUGAGGAUUUUGCUAUUAGUAAACAGUUUAAAGAUUAACUUAAAAGGAGCUUUUUUGAUAUAUAAUAUAAUGGUCUAAUCUCAAUGAUUCUGCCUUUGAUACUAUAAUGGUUGAAAAGUCACUCUCAGAUUUGCAAUUCCGUUUCUUUCUUGAGGUGGUUGGUCUGUUUUCAUUCCAUUUAUUAUUUGUAUUUCCCAUUUUUGACUAAUCUCAAUCAUUUCUUUAAUCACAUUAUAUAUUUUAGUAGUAGUGAUCAAGAUGCUCCAUUACUUUCUUCUUUUUAUAACCCUUUGCUUUGUCUGCAACUUCCUUUUCUCUGUACACUGUGAUGCACUUACCAAUCUUGUUCUUACUUCAACGUUUUUGCAGGGUAAUGUGAUUUUAUAUUGGCUCUCUUGUUUUGUUCUCUUUUAGUGUGUUUUGCUUUCAAGAAUGCAAUAUGAAUAGUUUGGUUGCUGUGUUCUGCUGUGCUUUGUCUUUAGCCAACUAACUUUAGAGGGGAACUAAAGAUUUGCAAUGGAUCUUCAAUGAUUUGAUGUGACUGUAUAUCAAUCGGUUCUAGGUUGUUGUACACUUGGGAGUUGAGUUUACUUUGAGUAAAAGAAAUAAAUCAGACAUGAAGUUUCAGCAGCAGUUAUAAAUAAAGAUGAGAGUGGAAACCGCAUUUGUGAUUCUCUUGGUCCUCAUAGCAAUUCAACAAUGUUAUGGAGGUGCAAGCAACUAUACGUGCACUUGCUUCUCUUCAAGCAAUCAAAGUGAUAUCCUGGGAUCUAACUGUUCAACAUCAUGUAAUUGCAGACCAGCUGAUAGAAACCAAUGGGUGUGCUUGUGUCCUGCAAAUGGUUUUCCAGUAAUAGCCAUUGGUGGUGCCAAUUCUUCAUGUUUCACUUCAUGCAACUGCGCUGCUGGAGCUACCAAAUCUUGGAAAAAGCAAUAUUUAUCGAGGAAACUCGUUGUGGCUAUACUACUCUUCUGCGGUGUACUCACUUCACUAGCAUUGCUUGCCUCUAUGAUUUGCUACAUUUGUCGAAGGAACACAUUUUCUGGACAGUCACCUUCAGUUUCUUCAGAUAGAGAAUCUAGCUGGCAUAGCUCAGCCAACUUAAUAAACCGUAAAAGCUCGGUUUCACAAUCGAAAAUUAGUAUCAGCUCCUCAGUGACAGGAUGCUUCUUUCAGAAUGCUUCUUUGUUUUGUGUGAGCAGACCUGAAACAAUCCAUGGAACUAUAUUUCAGUUCUCAUACACUGAAUUAGAGCAAGCAACCAACAAAUUCUCCAGCAACAGUGUGAUAGGACAUGGAGGUAGUAGUUGUGUUUACCGCGGGCAGCUCAAAGACGGUAAAACCGCUGCGAUCAAACGUCUAAAUACCCCUAAAGGAAACGACACUGACACUCUAUUCUCAACAGAAGUUGAGUUAUUAUCAAGACUCCAUCAUUACCAUGUGGUUCCUUUAAUUGGAUACUGCUCUGAGUUUCAUGGCAAACAUGCAGAGAGGGUUCUGGUUUUUGAGUACAUGUCUUAUGGAAGUCUGAGAGAUUGCUUAGAUGGAGAGUUGGGGGAGAAAAUGACAUGGAACAUUAGAAUCUCUGUCGCUCUUGGAGCUGCAAGAGGGCUCGAGUAUCUUCACGAAGCUGCAGCGCCAAGAAUCUUACACAGAGAUGUAAAAUCUACAAAUAUUCUCCUUGAUGAGAAUUGGCAUGCAAAAAUAACAGAUCUUGGGAUGGCUAAGUGUUUGAGUAGCGACGGUUUACAAAGCGGUUCAAGCUCUCCUACCAUAGGACUACAAGGAACGUUUGGCUACUUUGCACCUGAAUAUGCAAUUGCAGGAUGUGCUUCACAGAUGUCAGACGUUUUCAGCUUUGGUGUUGUUCUACUCGAGCUUAUAACUGGAAGGAAACCGAUACAGAAACCUAGCAACAACAAAGGAGAAGAAAGCCUAGUUAUUUGGGCUGUGCCGCGUUUACAAGAUAGUAAGCGAGUGAUCGAGGAACUGCCUGAUCCGAGGCUAAAAGGGAAGUUUGCUGAAGAAGAGAUGCAGAUCAUGGCGUAUCUUGCUAAAGAGUGUCUGCUAUUGGAACCAGAAGCUAGACCAACAAUGAGAGAAGUUGUUCAGAUUCUUUCAACCAUCACACCAGAUACAACAUCCAGACGUAGAAGUUUCCCCAUUAAUUAUCUAUUCCAGAGUAACGAGACGAAGAAAGAAAGCAAAGUAGGGUGGUCAAGAGGUGGGAGCAGGAGUGGACAUGAAGAGGAAACAGUGGAUCUUACUGAGCCACGGUUUGAGUCCUUCUGCUUGCCGAAUGUGAAGCCGGUCUUGCUUGAACCAUCUGCACAUAUUUAAAACUUUGAAGUAGAUAUAGAAAAGCACAGAGCCAAAAACAACA